GUUUGUCUAAUGAAGGAUGUAUCUGCUGAUCCUCGCUCAUAUCUUGCAGUCCUCCCUGUUGGCGGUCCACUCCUGUCCAGCUUUAUGUGCCUGCACAAAUGGGAACAGUGGAAUGGCAGAGCUCAGGUUGGUGCAGUGUGGUGACCCUGGAAUCUCAGCUGUUCCCGUUAAUGUCCCACCUGACACAGUCAAACUGCGACUAGAGAAGACCUCGAUCUCCAGGGUGCCCCGUGCAGCCUUCUUCAACCUGUCAGAGCUGCGCUUCCUGUGGCUGACCUACAACUCCAUCACAUCCAUCCACCCCAGCAGCUUUGUCAACCUGAAGACCCUACGGGAGCUACGUCUAGAUGGAAACCUCCUGACAUCUUUCCCCUGGGAGGGGCUCAGGGACAUGCCCCGCCUCCAGACUCUUGGUCUCCACAACAACCGUCUGUCCAGCCUCCCAGCCCAUGCUUCCCUCUUUCUCCCCAACAUCACCUACCUCGACCUGUCCAGCAACAGGCUGACUAUAUUACCUGCUGAGCUGCUGGACCUUUGGUUUCCUCUCCCAGGACAACAGGACGGACCACUUCAAAGAAGAAUUUUGGGUCUCCAUGACAACCCCUGGUUGUGUGACUGCCAGAUCUCCAUGGUGAUGUCCUUGUCCAUGUCUCUUGGGAGUCCUGUAGUUCUCAUGGACCAGCUGCUCAUAUGCAGCAGGUCUCUGGGUCAGUCAGGGAUGCUGCUGACCCAGGCUGAGCUGUCCCGUUGUAUGAGGCCUUCGGUCCAGCCUGCAGCCACCAGAGUCAUCUCUCCACUGGGCAGCAACGUCAUCCUCCGCUGUGAUGCCACCGGCUACCCUACACCGACCCUGACCUGGAUCAAAACGGCAGCCUACACUGACUGUUGCCGCCAAGAAGACAUCUUUCAGAAGUCAGACCAGUUACCCAGGAAUUUGGAGAGUUUUAUGCAGGAAUCUCCUCGAGUGGGUGCUCGCUGGUCGAUAAUCAGCCUGAAUGGGUUAUCAUACAAGGAUGCUGGUGAAUAUCGCUGCCAGGCGCGAAACAUGGCAGGAAUAUCUGAAGCCCCAAUUAAACUGAAGGUGGUGGGAGUCACGCGACUAUCCCGUCCUCCAAAGAGGAAGUUCCAAAAGACUCCACCCAAAUCCUCAUCAUCAAAAUACAGGAAGCCUAACAAGACUGUAACGACUACCGUUUCACUAAAGGAGAAUCAGAUACUCCAAAACGUCACACCACCAUCCACGAACAAGACCCAGACUAGCCCUAAUCUCACGUCCAAAGUGUUCCUCGUAGACAGAAGACGCAGAAUUUUUCCAGAUGCAAAGAAAAAGACCCAGACAUCCAUCAAGUCUGCACCUGAGCCCAGAGAAAACUCUGCAACGGCUCUGCUGCCAGAAACACUUGUAUGA